AUGUCUCUGGCGAAGUAUGGCGCUGUUUGCAACAUCCCGCGGGAGCAGCGGUUCCAGGUCACGGCGGAUGAGCUGCUGGUUGGGCUCGGGCUCGGGCAGCACGCCACGGUGGAACUCCACGGCCUGAAAAAGGUGGAGCUGAACGGCAGGCAGGGCACGGUGGUGGGCUACAACCCCGAGAGUCAGCGAUGGACGGUGCGCCUGCAUCACGACCAGUCAGAAGUGGCGCUCCUGGGGACCAAGCUGGUGGUGGAGAGGGCAGCGAGGACCGGCACAUUCAAAAUGGAGACGCUGGUGAUUGACGUGCGCGACAACGAGGACUUCGUGAACUAUCACAUCCCCGGUGCCAUCAACAUCCCCUACAGCAAGAUGUUUAUGGAGCAAGAGCGGACGCUCUCGAAGCUGAGAGAGUGGAAUCUGGCGACCACUCGGAUUGUCACCUAUGCGACUCAUGACAGCAAGUUCAUCCACACCACGGUCGGCCGGGAUCUCUCCGCCUCGAACUGGCUUUGGGAGAUCAUGGGGCACCCUCUCACAAUGCUGGCGACUCUAAGUGGCGGCUUUUCUGGCUGGGUCAAGGAGGGACGCCCGGUUGAAGCAGGGUCCAUGUCAGACAGCGGACCUAGGAAGAUCUUCGUGAGUGAUGACGUGCCGAAGGCAUUCUCUGGGGACAAGGACGCAUACCUCCGAGCUUCAGAAAAGGAGGCAGCCAUGGAGUCGAAGGCCGUCUUAAAUGCACAGACGAGCCACACCGACUCGAGUGCCAUCACCAGCAGGGCAGAGCCAUCACAGCAAGCGCAAGGUUCAUCCGUAGCCGCCGUCAAAGCAGCGGAGAAAGUGCCUGAAGCACCAUGCCUGUGGGAGGUUGUUGGUGGUGCAGACAAAGGUGGUAUCGUUGUCCGGAAGGGCAGGGACACGGCGUCAGAGCAAGAUCCGCAAAGACUGGCUACGGGCGCUUUGGUGGAGCAGUGUGAGCUGGCUGGAGACCGCUUGCACUAUGUACUCCGCAGCGGUGAGGGGCCUUCCCAGGGUUGGGUCAGCAUUCGCCUGAAGACCAAAAACCUCCUUGCGAAGACAGCUCGCUGCUUAGAGGCCCAGGCCAACGCGACUCCCAGCUGA